UUACAUUUACUUAAAUUGAAGCAGAUACAAAUACCUACAACAAUCAGACCAAUUUUUUUCUCGCUCUAACCAAGCUCCUACACAAUUAUAUUCAUAUAUUAACAGUAAACUCUUUUAACCAUGUUACACUUAUGCAAAGAAAAUCUUCAACCCUCUCUAGCCAGCUACGGUUUAAAUGACAAUACCGGCAUUUUUGUUACAAUGACUGCUGCUCUCAAUUAGUAUGUCUAAAGACAUACUAAUAGCACUAGCACCACUACACCACUAGCACUAGCACUUUGGGAGGAGGAGGUUUUCAGGGCUGGGGCAGGGGACCUGGCAGGGAUUGCUGCUGGGGAGUAGUGCCAGAAUGAGCACCAGAGUUGGGCAAGUGGACAACGGAGUCGGGCUUCCAGUGACCAGGGUUGGGAGUGAACUGUCACCGACGGAGACCAGGAUGCUGUCCCAUUGGAACAAAUGCCGCAUCCAGGGGCACCACCGGCAUGAUGGGAAUUACAAAUUCACACUGAAAAGACCAACCUGUAACCCCAGCUAUUAACUGUAAGUUAUCAACAUUAACUUUAAAGUACUUUAAAUGGGUUAAAUCACUUGACCUGAUUUCUGCAUCUCUCCCACACACUGCCUUUUUAACCCACUUAACUGUUUACAUCCCCCCAAAAAGCACAUCUAAAUCUAAACAAACCUGUGUGAUGACUGAAUAACCAUGUUUUUCCACACUGACAAAAAAAACACUGACAUGCACCAACCUCUACCCCUCAAUUCAAAUAUUGACUUGAGAGAAUUUCCUUUUCAUAGUAUACAUCAUGGUAUGUUGUCACACCUACUGUCCUCCAGUGUACCACAUCAAUAAUGUCACCAUAAAGACUCAAUCAACCCAAUUACACCUCUGAUCACCUGAGCAUACUCUGGUUUAGAUUCAGAACUACAAUUUGUUCUCAUGCAAAAGAAGUCAGCUUAGCCAAUCACAAAGAGCCUUCGUCUCCUAUAAGAGUUGAGUGCGUCCGUCAACACACAGGAUACAGACUGCAGAGCUUCAGGGAUGAUGCCACUUUGCAUUUUUCUUGUGCUUCUCAGUGAAACCUGUCAGGUGCCAGCUGUUGACAAGACCUCAGGUAUUACUCAGGACAGUGGGGUUAUAACAGCUGAAGUUGGGCAGACUGUGACUUUAAAAUGCUAUUGUCGGAAUGAUGCCGUAAAUUUCUUCUUUUGGUACCAGCAAAGCUUGGGAGGCAAACCUCUCAUUGUAUCAACUUUGAUGAAGCACAGCACAGAAGCUACCAUCUCCCCCACGUAUAAAGGAAGGUUUCAGGUCUUAGUGGGAAGAGGAGAGGGCAUCAACCAUCUUGUAAUCAAAGAACUUCUCCUGUCGGAUUCAGCAACAUAUUACUGUGGGAUUUUAGAAUUCAACGAAAUUGAAUUUGGACAAGGAGCUUUCCUUCAUGUGAAAACAUCGCUGUCCAACAUCCAUGCUGUUGUCCAUCAGCCAGCGUUGGAGACUCUUCGGUGGGGAGACUCUGUGAAUUUGAGCUGUACGGUAUACGCUGAAAAAUGUGCAGGGGAGCAGAAUCUGUACUGGUUCAGACAUGGUGUGGCUCAGCCUGCAAUCAUGUAUCACAAUGCGGGACAGUGUAUGAAAGAUUCUCACAUGGAAAAUUGCACUUUAAACCUGGCUAUAAAGUCUGUGAGCUCCUCCGAUGCUGGGAUGUACUACUGUGCUCUGGCCUCUUGUGGGGAGAUUGUGUUCGGACAAGGAACUAAAGUGAAGAUUGCAGGUUCUACCAAAGGCCCCUGUGUCCUGGUGUAUUGUCUGAGUGUGGCAUUGGCAGUUUCCAUUAUUCUGCUCUUCGUCUUGGCUUUAGUCAUGUACAAGUUGAAAAAAAAGAUAUGCUCUGUCUGCAAAGGAACAGUUUCUCAUCUGACAUGUUCAGCAGCUUCUGACACCACGCAGAGCCAAGACGCAGAUGCUCUCCAUUAUGCUGCUCUGAGUCUGAACAGAACCAGAGAACGACACCGCCAAGAGGAGAGCGUGGAGAAUGUUUGUGUAUACUCUAGAGUAAAGACUAGUAGAGUGAAGUAGGACUUUACCUUUACAUUCAACUACUUUCAUGAAUUAUCUUUGCUGUCAAUCACUUGCAAGAAAACUACAUUUUUCAUGCAAAUGUACAAUAUACAACAUGUUGAAAGAAAAUAAAAUAUUUUUGGUGCAA